GCGGCUAGGCUUCAGGUGCAGAUUGCUCGUCGGGAGAGCGUGUCAACGGAGGUAUUUCUCGGGAACUCGCUGUCGAGCAGCUUCCGCUUUUUCGUCGGAUGAGCGUCGCUUCUCCGAUUCGACGGCGUUCCGCGACUGCAUGAGGAAGCGCUUACACAAAAAUGGCGGAUUUAAAGUCGUGGUUGCAGACGAAGUCGUCUAACGCGACGAACGGCGAUGGGGCCGCCGGCGACGGCCAGCCGGUCGGCAAGCCGCCGCCCCCCAGAAAGGCGACCAUCGAGAAAACGUACCAGAAAAAGUCGCAGCUGGAGCACAUCCUGCUCCGGCCCGACACCUACAUCGGUUCUGUGGAAAAAGUGAAGGAGUCUAUGUGGCUGUACGACCCGCAGAAGAACAUGAUGGCCCAGAGGGAGAUAGAGUAUGUGCCGGGCCUGUACAAGAUAUUCGACGAGAUCCUGGUGAACGCGGCGGACAACAAGCAACGCGACAAGAAGAUGGACUGCAUAAAGGUAGAGAUCAGGCAGGCGGAGAACGAGAUCUCCGUGUGGAACAACGGGCAAGGUAUACCGGUGGUGAUGCACAAAGACGAGAAGAUGUUCGUGCCGACGAUGAUAUUCGGCCACCUGCUCACGUCGUCCAACUACAACGACGAGGAGGAAAAGGUGACGGGGGGGCGUAACGGUUACGGCGCCAAACUGUGCAACAUCUUCAGCGAGCGGUUCGUCGUGGAGACGGCGAGCAAGGAGUACAAGAGGCAGUUCAAGCAGACGUGGGCCGCGAACAUGACGAAAACCGCCGAGCCGAAGGUCAAAGACUUCUUCGGCGACGAUUUUACGAAGAUCACCUUCAGCCCGGACCUGUCCAAGUUCAAGAUGGAGCGGCUCGACGACGACAUCGUCGCGCUGAUGUCCCGUCGCGCCUACGACAUCGCGGCUUCGACGCGGGGCGUCAAAGUCUUCCUCAACGGGCAACGGUUGCCCAUCAAAGGUUUCAAGGAUUACGUGGACCUCUUCCUCAAGGACAGGGAGGACGAGACGGGCAACAACCUGAAGGUGGUGUACGAGGCGGCGAACGAACGCUGGGAGGUGGCGAUGACCGUGUCGGAUCACGGCUUCCAGCAGAUGUCGUUCGUCAACAGCAUAGCGACGACCAAGGGGGGACGUCACGUCGACUACGUCGUCGACAUGAUCGUGAAGCAGCUGCAGGAGGUGCUGAAGAAGAAGAACAAGGGCGGGCCCGCGAUCAAGGGGUUCCAAGUGCGGAACCACCUGUGGGUGUUCGUCAAUUGCCUGAUCGUCAAUCCGACGUUCGACUCGCAAACGAAGGAGAACAUGACGUUGCAGAUGAAAAAUUUCGGCUCCAAGUGCGUCCUGUCGGAGAAGUUCGUCACGCAGAUGACGAAGUGCGGUAUAGUGGAGACGGUGCUGUCGUGGGCCAAGUUCAAGGCCCAGAACGAUCUGGUGAAGGCGAGCGCGGGCAGGAAGCAGAUCAAAUUGAAGGGGGUGCCCAAGUUGGAGGACGCGAACGAGGCGGGGACGAAGAACGGCCUCAGGUGCACCCUCAUCCUAACUGAGGGUGAUUCGGCCAAGUCGCUGGCCGUGUCUGGUCUGAGCGUUAUCGGACGAGAUUAUUACGGGGUGUUCCCGCUACGCGGGAAACUGCUGAACGUGCGCGAGGCGACCCACAAGCAGAUCCUCGAGAACGCGGAGAUCAAUAACCUGGUGAAGAUUAUCGGGCUGCAGUACAAGCGAAAGUAUAACACGCCGGAGGACAUGAAGACCCUGCGUUACGGCAAGGUGAUGAUAAUGACGGAUCAGGAUCAGGACGGGUCCCAUAUCAAGGGACUGGUCAUCAAUUUCAUCCAUUACAAUUGGCCGGAGCUGCUCAGGCAGAACUUCCUCGAGGAGUUUAUCACGCCGAUCGUCAAGGCGACCAAGAAGGGGGCGGAGCUGUCGUUUUACUCGCUGCCCGAGUUCGAGGAGUGGAAGUCGGCGACGCCCAACCAUCACACCUACCGUGUAAAGUACUACAAAGGUUUGGGUACGUCUACUUCUAAAGAGGCGAAAGAAUAUUUCACCAACAUGGAGCGGCACCGGAUCCAGUUCCGUUACAACGGCCAGGAGGACGACGACCACAUAGUGCUCGCGUUCAGCCGCAAACACAUCGAGCAGCGCAAGGAGUGGCUCACCAACUUCAUGACUGAAAGCAAGCAACGCAAGGAGCUGGGCAUGCCCGACAAGUACCUUUACGGCAAGCACACCAAGUUCGUGUCGUUCAAGGACUUUGUCAACCUUGAGCUGGUGCUGUUCUCCAACGCGGACAAUGUCCGCUCCAUCCCGUCAAUGGUGGACGGCAUGAAACCCGGCCAACGAAAGGUACUUUUUACGUGCUUCAAGCGGAACGACAAGCGCGAGGUGAAGGUCGCGCAACUAGCCGGCUCUGUCGCCGAGCAUUCCGCUUACCAUCACGGCGAGGUGUCCCUGUGCAUGACGAUCGUCAACCUAGCGCAGAACUACGUCGGCAGCAACAACAUCAACCUGCUGGAACCCCGCGGUCAAUUCGGCACGCGCCUAGCUGGCGGCAAAGACUCGGCCAGUCCGAGGUACAUAUUCACGAAAAUGUCGCCCCUCACCCGCAUGAUAUUCCAUCCGAACGACGACGCCCUCCUCAAAUACGAAUACGACGACAACCAAAAGAUCGAGCCCCAAUGGUACAUACCGAUCGUGCCGAUGGUGUUGGUGAACGGCGCGGACGGCAUAGGCACCGGCUGGAUGACCAAGAUACCGAAUUAUAACCCGCGCGAUAUCGCGCGUUGCCUGUACGCUAUGCUGGACGGGGCGGAGCCCGGCAACUUGGCCCCUUGGUAUAAAAAUUUCAAAGGUACGAUCGAGUCGGUGGGCGACAACCGUUACAUGAUAAGCGGCGAAAUAGGCAUCCUCGACGAUAACCGACUCGAGAUCAGCGAGCUGCCGGUAGGCACUUGGACCCAGAACUACAAGGAGAGCGUCCUGGAGCCGAUGCUGUACGGCAACGAUAAGGUCAAGGCCUCAUUGAGCGAUUACAAGGAGUACAAUACGGACACGACCGUGAGAUUCGUGGUGACGCUCCUCGACGGUCAGAUGGAGAAUAUGCAAAAGGAGGGCCUGCACAAGGUGUUCAAGCUACAGAGCCUGACCAGUUUAAGUUCCAUGUGCGCGUUCGAUGCGGACGCGUGCCUGCGCAGAUACGAUUCCGUCAUGGAGAUUCUGCGCGAGUUUUACGCGCUGCGCCUGAAAAUGUACCAGCUGCGCAAGCAGUACCUCGAGGGCAAGCUCGACGCGGAAACGCGCAAACUGUCGAACCAGGCGCGGUUCAUCCUGGAAAAGUGCAACGGGAAGCUGGUCGUCGAAAAUAAGGGCCGCGCCGUCAUCGUAGCGGAACUGGUCGAUGCCGGCUACGAACCGGAUCCGGUGAAGAUGUGGCAACGCGCGCAGGGCGCCGAAGACGAGCAGGAAAUGGAGAAAGCGGCGGAGGACGACGAGAACAACGAAUCGGAUGAGGUGGACGAGAGGAGCGGUUUCCCCAAGAAAGUGUUCGAUCCCGCGCGAUUUGACGAACAGUCGACGGAUGUGAAGAACUUCGACUAUCUCCUCGGGAUGACCAUAUGGAUGUUGACCGAGGAGAAGAAGAAGGAACUGCUGCGCCAGAGGGACGUCAAAAUGGACGAGUUGCGCGCGCUGCAGAAGAAGACGAGCGCGGAAAUGUGGCGCGACGAUCUGGCCGUCUUCCUCAAGAAACUGGACGAGGUCGAGCAGAAGGAGCGGCUCGACGAGCAGCAGAACACCAAGCAGGAGAAGGUCAAGGCGGAUUCGGCGGCGGGACAUCGGGGGCGGCGACGGUUGCAGGGCAAAAAGAAAAUGCUGGACACGAAGCCGUCUACGACAGCGAUACGGGUGGUGCCCGAGAUUACCGAGGAGAUAAAGAAAAAGGUGCAGGCGGCGAUGAAGAUACAAGAGAACAAGAGCAAGAAGAUCAAAAAGGAGGUGGUCAAUGGUGAAGAGGAGUCGGGCGAAGGCGACGAGGCGGUGAAGGGUCCGAAAGGGAAAAAGGGUGGUGGGGGGAAGGUGAAGAAGGAUGCCGGUAGUCCGAGGCAGAAACAGGCGAAGCCCGCGAACGGGAAGAAAGCGCCGAGGGGCAAAAAGAAGAUCACGUCGUCCGACGACGAGAGUUCCCGCAGCGACUCGGACAUGGAGGUCGCUGCGUCCAAAGCGUCGACGUCCCAACCGGUGAGAACGAACGCGAGACGCGCAGCAACCAAACAGAUGAACUACAGUUUUUCGGACGAAGACGAAGACGCGAUGUCCGACGCCGACGAUGACGUACUAUUCGACAACGAGGGCGUGCGGGAAAACAGCGGCCCCGCUGUCGUCCGUCUUGUGAGCGACGAAAGCGACAACGACGACCACAUCAAACGUCCCGCCCCCGAUCGCAAAAGUUCCGAGGACCUAUUCGACGACCUGGUGGGCGGGGUCAAGGCCGAAGACGCGCCCCCCAAGAAGAACGCCUUUGACGAGCUGCUCGGCGCGAGGAAAAAACAAACCAAGAGGAAGUCCACCGAAGAAGUAGCCAGCGAUUCCGAGGAGGAUAUGUUUGCACCGAAGAAGGGCAAGAAGGCGGCGAAAACGAAACCGCCGGCGAAGAAGAAGGAGGCGGAGACGGUUGCGAAGGCACCGCGUCCCAAGAAGAAGAAAAAGAACGCGAUGUCGGACGACGACGACGACUUCGAGCCGGAAGUGGUGGGGGAAACGAUGAAGAGGACGGAGGCGGCGGCUCCGAGAUCAGGCCGGGGCGCCGCCAAAGCGAAGUACAUCUUCUCCGACGACGAAUCGGAAUAGCACAAAGAAAAAAAAAUAUAUCGCGUCUUCGCGGAUGUAAGAAAAUUUCUUCAUUUUUAAUUUUGCGUUCGACUGUUCAGUUUUACGUUUCGUAUUUAUAUAUAUAGUUCGUAAUUCAUUACUAUUUUUGAGAAUUUUUAUAAAAUAGAAAAACAAAAAAGAGAAAUCUCGCGUUUUAUUUCGGCAGUUG